AUGAGCAAGCGUCCUCAUCAAGGGUCCUUCUCCCGCCCCGACUCCCAGUCCCCCGACUUGGUGGAUGACACCCCCCAAGGCCUCUCGCCGGGGCCCCCCGAGCUCGCUCCUCAUCAUGCUUCCGGCCCCAGCAAAAAGCCCCGGAACUUUAUAGCCACCGUGGCAUGUGAGAAUUGCAGGCUGAAAAAGACCAGAUGCGAUGAGUCGCGACCCAAGUGCGGCUUGUGCAAGUCGCUAAACCUGGAUUGCGUCUACAAUGAGCGCAAGACCUCCAAGCGGGAUCAUUCUCUGGGCUUGAUCAUGAGUACGCUGCAUCGACUGGAAACCAAGUUGGAGAGUGUUCCCACGGCAUUCGCCAAGGAGAUCCACUCUCUUCGGAGGCAGAUGUCGCAUGGUGUGGGCAGUCCAGAUAUGACCAGCUCACUCGCGCGUCAUCAUCGCAGCACCAGCACCUUGGGUCUGUUUGAGAACCCCACCCCGGAAGCAGUGCGGCUGAACGACCUGGAGCACGAUGAGCAACAUCCUCAUCCCAAUCCGGCCGAGUCCAACGGCCUGGUCUCAAUUUCAUUCAGCCAGCACGGUGUAAUAUCCUGGGUCGGCGCACAGGAGAUCCUUCCGCCAAGGCUACUCGAAGCCCAUGAGAAAUUGGGCAAGAAUUAUGUGAUUGACCUAGAGAUGGAGAGACCCCAUUUGCCCAUGUAUAUUUGCCCCUUCCCCGCUCAGGCUGGGGAGAACUGGCUGGAUGCUCUUCCAUUGGCCAUGGUAAAGGGACUCUCGGAUGCUUUCUUCACCACCUUCAAUCUGUUUACUCCGAUCAUUGACAAGAACUUCUACUACGCCUUCACCCUGGGGGCGGCGAUCGAGAGCAACUUUGGCUACACGAUCGAGAGUUGCGUGGUGUUAACUAUCAUGGCCCUGGGCUGUAUCGCGGUCCAUGCCUACCAGGAAGGCGAUUAUCCACUGCUCGGGACGCGGGGGGCCCGGUUCGAGCCGCCCGAGUGGAUGGGAGUCGUCUAUGAGAAUCCCCCCGGGUUGCGCUUCUUCAACACCGCUCGGCAACGCAUUGGGUUCCUCAUGUGCGAUAACAACCUUCAGAGCUGCCAAUAUUAUCUUCUGUCAUUUAUUUACUAUAGUCAGAUUCUUCGCCCGAUGGAUUCGUGGGCCAUGAUCCACCGCGCUGCCACAUGCUGUCUCUCCAUGCUCACCAAUCGUGAUGUCCACUUCGAUGAAUGGGAAGGCGACAUGAAAUCCCGGGUGUAUUGGAACUGCCUCAUGAACGAAACCAUCCUUGUCCAAGAACUACACGUCCCACCCAGUGGCCUCUCCCGACUUGAGGAAUAUGUCCCCAUCCCCAAGUUCAUCACCUUUGACAGCGUCGGCUUCGCGGCCUCCCGCUCGAUGUCGCUAGAAGAGAUAGAUGAUUCAUUCUUUCAAUAUCAUUUCCUCGCGCAGGUCGCCCAUCGUAUCAUCUUGACCCGGAUCCGCCAUUCGCUGUACUUCCACUCCGACUCGGGCACAUUCCCUCACCCUGCCGUCAACGCCGAACUUCGCCACCAGUUGGAACAGUGGCGCAUCAACCUCCCGGCCACUCUACAAUUCUCCGACUCUCCGCCGGCUCUCCCGCCGGAUUCCACCCCUUCCGCCGCCCCAUCGCCAGCCUCCCAUCUUCCCUUCACCUCCACCCGCCACGCAUUGUCUCCGGCCAUCGCCGUGUCCGAGGCCAUGCUUCGCGGUCGGUACAUGAUCGCCAAUUUCCACAUCGGCCGCCCCUAUCUGUAUAAGGCCCUCCACAUCCCCGACUCAUUGACGGAGAACGACCUGGAGCAGAUCCGCAGGGGUCUCCUCAACGCCGUAAACUGGCCGGUUGUUGGGGGCGUCUUUCAGCGGAUGAAGAGUUGCAUCCCGAUAAAGUUCGCCUUUUGUUCCCAGUUCUUUGGCCAGAUUCUCCUCUUCUAUUGUAUAUCUCACUCUCCCGAUCGGCGAUUGCACGAGACCCUGCCCACGGGCUGGGAACAAUGGAACCAGGAAAUGUUGCAGUUCCUCGAGGACUGUGCACAGUCCAGUCCGGCCGUGGCGAAAGAUCUCGAGCUGUUGCGGUUAUUGUAA